AAAGUGUACAUCUCUUUCUUCCUUUAGAGGCGCACACAAGCAAACAUAAAAGAGAGAGUCCAAAAAGACGCGAAAUUCUCUGAAACUAUCAGUUGGCAAACAACUAUGUCGUGCUUAGCUUGUUGCUGUGCGUCGGCGACUUGUGGGUUGUGCUCGUCGGUGGCUUCAGGGAUUUCGAGGAAAUCGGCGAGGAUCGCUUACUGUGGUCUCUUCGGUGCCUCCCUUGUCGUCUCUUGGAUCCUUCGCGAGACCGGUGCUCCGCUCCUCGAGAAAUUCCCCUGGAUAAACACUUCCGAUACAUAUACAAAAGAAUGGUAUCAGCAGCAAGCUGUUCUUCGCGUGAGCUUUGGGAAUUUUCUCUUCUUUGCGAUAUAUGCUUUGAUCAUGGUUGGUGUCAAGGAUCAGAACGACAGGCGUGACUCGUGGCACCAUGGCGGAUGGCCUGUUAAGAUGAUUGUCUGGUUUUUGCUUGUUGUCCUCAUGUUUUUUGUUCCAAAUGUUGUCGUCUCAAUCUAUGGAAUUUUAUCAAAAUUUGGUGCUGGAGCAUUUCUGUUGGUUCAAGUGGUCUUGUUGUUAGAUGCUACACAUAACUGGAAUGAUUCUUGGGUCGAGAAGGAUGAAAGGAAGUGGUUCGUCGCUCUGCUUGUCAUAUCUGUUGUGUGUUACGUUGCCACAUACGCCUUCUCAGGAAUCCUGUUCAUGUGGUUCAACCCACCUGGUCAUGAUUGUGGACUAAAUGUUUUCUUUAUCGUCAUGACGAUGAUCCUUGCCUUUGUUUUUGCCAUUGUUGCCUUACAUCCCGCGGUGAAUGGCAGCCUUUUACCGGCAUCGGUUAUAUCGGUUUACUGUGCGUAUGUCUGUUACACGGGUCUCUCUAGCGAACCACAUGACUACGUGUGCAAUGGACUUAACAGAUCCAAGGCAGUGACCGCUAGUACUCUAAUACUCGGAAUGCUCACUACAGUUCUCUCGGUUCUCUACUCCGCACUCCGAGCUGGCUCUUCCACCACAUUCCUCUCACCACCAUCUUCUCCCAGAUCAGAGGCAUUGUUAGAAGACCCAGAGGAUGGGAAGAAGAAGAGUGGUGGAGGCGAGGCAAGGCCUGUGAGUUACUCGUACUCUUUCUUCCAUAUAAUCUUUGCGCUAGCGAGCAUGUACGCGGCAAUGCUUCUCUCGGGAUGGACUGACUCAUCAGAGAGUGCGUCUCUAAUCGAUGUGGGAUGGACCUCGGUUUGGGUCAAACUAUGCACCGGUUGGGUCACGGCUGCACUCUACAUCUGGACACUCAUCGCACCACUUAUCCUUCCGGAUCGCGAGUUCUACUAAUGGGGCAUAUCGGUAUUAUAGUCUGCUGAAUGUAUGUAUAUGUUUAUGUUUAGCCACCUUAAAGGUGGGUAUGGUCUUGUAAUGGUUAUGGAUGUAGCUCUUGUUAAUGUUCUAGACUUGUAAUUAAAACCUGAACUAAAAAAACCUUGAAUGUUAGAAGUAUUCUGUUGUGUUGUGGCAAUAAUUAUAAUUAAGUUUCACUUAUGGUU